AUGUUCGCUCGCACGGCCUGGACGGCUGUCAAGACCGCGAGCACGCAGCCACGCUAUGUACGUUCCUCUCUUCUAGCGGCGGGCGGCGCCGCGACAUUGCUUGGCGUGUACACGCUCACAGCCUCGCCCUUCCAAGCUGACGCCCCUGCGACACCGUUUGUGCCGCCGCCGCCUACGGAGCAUCGAUUCCCCCUGUUGUCCACGUAUGCAUGGGGCAACAACAAGGCCCGCACGGCUGCCCCCUCCAGCAGUGCAGCGCGCCUCCCUGUGCCGACGCACGAACCGCUCUUUGACGGUGUUGGGUUCCGCGACGUGCAAAUCACCGAUACGCUGGGCGUUGCGAUCGAUGCAGACGGUCAUCUCGUGCAGUGGGGGCCGGCGUUUGACGCGGACCAUCCCUGCACGCCGACAAAGACGCAGGCAGGCUACGAUCUUCAGCGUGUGCAGAUCUCCGGCCAGAAAAUUUACGCACUGACACGCGGCGGCCACAUUUACGUAUUUCCUACCAAGAAGGCCAUGGACGCCGCGCCCUCCUCAGGGACCACCUGGCUGGGCACGGCGUCCAAGGAGGGCCGCUUGCAGGCAGAUGCCAAGUUUACCGAGAUCGCCGCUGGGGCGCAUCACGUCCUUGCCCUCAGCCGCGACGGCCGCGUGUACUCUGUGCCGUCCGAUGCACAUGCCAACGACUACGGCCAACUUGGCUACUCCAAUGUGAAGCUCACGUCGAUGGACCCAAAUUCCUCCACAUUGGUCGAUGCCCGUCUUGAGCCCAAGGUCGUACGCAAGGCGCGUCUCGGUACCGCGGAGCCGGCGCCAGCCACCUCGACGGCCGUGCCAUGUGCCGACACGGAGCUGCAGUACGCGCCGGUGCUGCGCCCCAUUCCUUCGCUGCAGGAUGUGCGUAUUGCACAGAUUGCCGCUGGCUCACUUCAUUCCGUUGCACGGACACCGGAUGGCCGUGUGCUGACAUGGGGCUGCAACAUGCAAGGCCAAUUGGGGCUCGGCGCACGUCUCACCUUUGAUACAAUUGCUGUACCGAGCGAAGUCUCGUGGCCCACGUCGCUCGUCGGUAAGCAGGCGACGUGCACGCAGAUUGCAGCGGGGGGAAUGAAUACGUUCUUUGUGGUGCAAAGUCGCGGGGCACCGAUGGACAACGAAACACGGAAGCAGCAGCCAGCUCUUUCUUCGCGCAUUGACGUGCUGGCGGUCGGUGGUGGACAGCGUGGCACGCUGGGCCAUGGCCAGCGCAAUCAAGCAUACGGUGUGCCUGUCCGUGUGAAGGGUGUGUCUGGGUUGCAGGAAUACUCGGAGCAGACGCACUCGAUGCAGCCGAUUGGCGUGCAUGCCAUAUCCGUGGGUGCGAGUGGCCACUGCGCUGUGGUCAUGGACGCGCCUUCGCUGGGCGACGAGACGCGCCGCGACGUGUACGUAUGGGGCAACAACGACCAAGCGCAACUUGGCCAUGGCAAGAAGGGGGGCCAUACCGCGGUGCCCUCGCUCUUGACCCUGGUCCCCCGCACGGCGUCGCCGACGUCCCACGCGGACGGGGCGCCUGACGCAGCGGACAACGAGGAGGAGAGUAGCAUGCCUCUGCACCGUAUCCUGCUCGUAUCGCGCGCCAAGGAACGUGUGCAGACGUUUGAUCACACGGAGCGUCGUGGACGCGCCGUAGAGCAGCGUAUUGUGGCUGGUGAAUCUUGUAUGGCCAUUUAUCCGGCCGUACUAUAG